AUGCUUUUUCGUGAGUUCAUGCAAAAAUAUUCCACACAACAGAAACUUGAAAUAUUUCAAUUUUUCAGGCGACUUCUGGCUAAAAAUAAUCGUAUUGCUAAGAGAUAUAAACUGAUUCAUAAAGUGGGAUCCGGAUCGUUUGGUGAAGUAUGGCAGGCGACUGAUAAGUUGGAAGGAAACGUUGCAAAAAUCGUAAAGAUUAUCAAUAAAUACGUUGGUGGAAGUGGUCCCAGAGACAUCUUGUAUGAUAAUGAGAUCGAGUUCUUCAAAUAUUGCCAUGAUGCUCCGAAUAUUCCAACUCUUUUCCAUCAUUUCAGUCAUGUUGGAUUUAACGUUCUCGUUAUGAGCGAAGAAGGUCAAAACCUGCGUGAAGUGGCUAAACGUUCACCAGGAUCAUUUUCAUUGAAUAAUUUGAUCAGAAUCGCGUACCAAAUCGGAUCCACUCUGUGCUUUAUUCAUGACAAAUCAUUUAUUCAUCGCGAUCUCAAAGCUGAAAACGUUCUUGUCUCUCUGAAGAACAAGGUUUGUAAGAUGGUGUUGAUCGAUUUUGGAAAUGCAGUCAGAUUUAAGGAUGUGAACGGAAAUGAGCUGCCUGAGUUUAAUGAUGGCUUUGACUACACCCAUUGUACUCAUAAAAGCAUUAAUGUGCUCCUAGGAAUAUCUCACACGCAGAAUGACGAUUGGGCCUCGUUGGUUUAUCUACUGCUGGAGAUGCACGGUGUGACUUGGGGCUCGAGAACUGGUGAAAUGUUUAUGAAUAAAGUAGAAUUCGAAGCUAAUCCUACAGAAAUCCUUGUCGAUAAGAUGCUUUGGAUUCAUAAAAUGUACCAGGAUAGUGUGGAACUGAACAUGGGAAGAGAGAACAACAAACAGAUUAUGGAUAAUUUGGCAAAGGCUCGCGAGAACUUCGACUGUGAAUCGGAUAUUGUCUUCGAGAUGGUUGGUGGAGCAGUUAAGAUUAUUUAG